CUGGAGAUACAGAUGACCCACCAAGAAUUACUCAAAACCCUGUUAUCAACGGGAAUGUAGCCAUGAGUGAUGGGCACAACAACACAGAGGAAGACAUGGAGGAUGACACGAGUUGGCGCUCCGAGGCAACCUUUCAGUUCACUGUCGAGCGCUUCAGCAGACUGAGUGAGUCGGUCCUUAGCCCUCCGUGUUUUGUGCGAAAUCUGCCAUGGAAGAUUAUGGUGAUGCCACGCUUUUAUCCAGACAGACCACACCAAAAAAGCGUAGGAUUCUUUCUCCAGUGCAAUGCUGAAUCUGAUUCCACGUCGUGGUCUUGUCAUGCACAAGCGGUGCUGAAGAUAAUAAAUUACAGAGAUGAUGAGAAGUCAUUCAGUCGUCGUAUUAGUCAUUUGUUCUUCCAUAAAGAAAAUGAUUGGGGAUUUUCCAAUUUUAUGGCCUGGAGUGAAGUGACUGAUCCUGAGAAAGGAUUUAUAGAUGAUGACAAAGUGACUUUUGAAGUCUUUGUACAGGCGGAUGCUCCCCAUGGAGUUGCGUGGGAUUCAAAGAAGCACACGGGCUAUGUCGGUUUAAAGAAUCAGGGAGCGACUUGUUACAUGAACAGCCUGCUGCAGACUUUAUUUUUCACAAAUCAACUACGAAAGGCCGUGUACAUGAUGCCAACAGAGGGUGAUGAUUCAUCCAAAAGUGUCCCUUUAGCAUUGCAGAGGGUGUUUUAUGAACUACAACACAGCGAUAAGCCCGUAGGAACAAAAAAGCUAACAAAGUCAUUUGGGUGGGAAACUUUAGAUAGCUUCAUGCAACAUGAUGUUCAGGAGCUAUGUCGAGUGUUGCUCGAUAACGUGGAAAAUAAGAUGAAAGGCACGUGUGUAGAAGGCACCAUACCUAAAUUAUUCAGAGGCAAAAUGGUGUCUUAUAUCCAGUGUAAAGAGGUGGACUAUCGAUCUGAUAGGAGAGAAGACUAUUAUGACAUCCAGCUGAGCAUAAAAGGAAAGAAAAACAUAUUUGAAUCAUUUGUGGAUUAUGUGGCAGUAGAACAACUAGACGGUGACAACAAGUAUGAUGCCGGGGAGCACGGCUUGCAGGAAGCAGAGAAAGGUGUGAAAUUCCUAACAUUGCCACCAGUGUUACAUCUACAACUGAUGAGAUUUAUGUAUGACCCUCAGACGGACCAAAACAUCAAGAUCAAUGAUAGGUUUGAAUUCCCCGAACAGUUACCGCUUGAUGAAUUUUUGCAAAAAACAGAUCCUAAGGACCCUGCAAAUUAUAUUCUUCACGCAGUCCUGGUUCACAGUGGAGAUAAUCAUGGUGGACAUUAUGUGGUUUAUCUGAACCCCAAAGGGGAUGGGAAAUGGUGUAAAUUUGACGAUGACGUGGUGUCAAGGUGUACGAAAGAAGAAGCAAUUGAGCACAAUUAUGGGGGCCAUGACGACGACCUCUCCGUCCGGCACUGCACGAACGCAUACAUGUUGGUUUAUAUCAGGGAGUCCAAGCUGAGUGAGGUGUUACAAGCUGUCACCGACCACGACAUUCCUCAGCAGCUGGUGGAACGAUUACAAGAAGAGAAAAGGAUCGAAGCCCAGAAGAGGAAGGAGCGGCAGGAAGCCCAUCUUUACAUGCAAGUGCAGAUAGUUGCAGAGGACCAGUUUUGUGGCCACCAAGGAAAUGAUAUGUAUGAUGAAGAAAAAGUCAAGUACACUGUGUUCAAAGUGCUGAAAAACUCCUCGCUUGCUGAGUUCGUCCAGAACCUCUCCCAGACCAUGGGAUUUCCACAAGAUCAAAUUCGAUUAUGGCCCAUGCAGGCGAGGAGCAAUGGAACCAAACGACCGGCGAUGUUAGAUAAUGAGGCCGAUGGCAACAAAACAAUGAUUGAACUCAGCGAUAAUGAAAACCCUUGGACAAUAUUCCUGGAAACAGUUGAUCCAGAGCUGGCCGCUACUGGAGCAACGUUACCCAAGUUUGAUAAAGAUCAUGAUGUGAUGUUGUUUUUGAAGAUGUAUGAUCCCAAAACACGGAGCUUGAACUACUGUGGGCACAUCUACACACCAAUAUCCUGUAAAAUACGUGACUUGCUCCCGGUUAUGUGUGACAGAGCAGGAUUUAUCCAAGAUACUAGCCUUAUCCUCUAUGAGGAAGUUAAACCGAAUUUAACGGAAAGAAUUCAGGACUAUGACGUGUCUCUUGAUAAAGCCCUGGAUGAGCUAAUGGAUGGUGAUAUUAUAGUGUUUCAGAAGGAUGACCCUGAGAAUGAUAACAGUGAAUUACCCACCGCAAAAGAAUAUUUCAGAGACCUCUAUCACCGUGUUGAUGUCAUUUUCUGUGAUAAGACAAUCCCUAAUGAUCCUGGAUUUGUGGUCACGUUAUCAAAUAGAAUGAAUUAUUUUCAGGUUGCAAAGACAGUUGCACAGAGACUCAACACCGACCCAAUGCUGCUCCAGUUUUUCAAAUCUCAAGGUUAUAGGGAUGGCCCAGGUAACCCUCUUAGACAUAAUUAUGAAGGUACUUUAAGAGAUCUUCUACAAUUCUUCAAGCCUAGACAACCUAAGAAACUUUACUAUCAGCAGCUGAAGAUGAAAAUCACAGACUUUGAAAACAGGCGAAGUUUUAAGUGUAUAUGGUUAAACAGCCAAUUUAGGGAAGAGGAAAUAACACUAUAUCCAGACAAGCACGGGUGUGUCCGGGACCUGUUAGAAGAAUGUAAAAAGGCUGUAGAGCUUGGGGAGAAGGCAUCAGGGAAACUUAGGCUGCUAGAAAUUGUAAGCUACAAAAUUAUUGGUGUGCACCAAGAAGACGAGCUAUUAGAAUGUUUAUCUCCUGCAACGAGUAGAACGUUUCGAAUAGAGGAAAUACCUUUGGACCAGGUAGACAUAGAUAAGGAAAAUGAGAUGCUGAUCACAGUGGCACAUUUCCAUAAGGAGGUGUUCGGGACGUUUGGAAUCCCUUUUUUGCUGAGGAUACACCAGGGCGAGCAUUUCAGAGAAGUCAUGAAGCGGAUUCAGAGCCUGCUAGACAUCCAGGAGAAGGAGUUUGAGAAGUUUAAAUUUGCCAUUGUGAUGAUGGGCCGGCACCAAUACAUAAAUGAAGAUGAGUACGAAGUAAACUUGAAAGACUUUGAACCUCAGCCUGGUAACAUGUCUCACCCGCGGCCGUGGCUAGGGCUCGACCACUUCAACAAAGCCCCAAAGAGAAUUAAAAUCCAUAACUGA